CUCUGUAAGCUCAACCCCACUGUAAGGGUUCUGGGGACAGAGCUUAGUGCCCAGCUCAGUCAGAGUCCACGGGAAGCAAGCCUCUGCUCUUUCUCCUCCCUGAGGAAGAAGGCUGUGCUCACCAACCAAGGGUCUUCAUGGUUGGAGAGAUGAGGGUGAGGAGUACUGCAUCAUGAUUCAGGGGUCUCCUCUGUGAGCACAGAUGAACGGUUGAACCCCACUGUACCUAGAGGCCAAGGACUACGAGAACGCGAUCAAGUUCUACAGUCAGGCCAUCGAGUUGAACCCCGGCAAUGCCAUCUACUAUGGCAACCGCAGCCUGGCCUACCUGCGCACUGAGUGCUAUGGCUAUGCACUGGGCGACGCCACACGGGCCAUCGAGCUUGACAAGAAGUACAUCAAAGGCUACUACCGCCGGGCGGCCAGCAACAUGGCACUGGGCAAGUUCCGGGCUGCCCUGCGUGACUACGAGACGGUGGUGAAAGUGAAGCCUAAUGACAAGGAUGCCAAGAUGAAGUACCAGGAGUGCAGCAAGAUUGUGAAGCAGAAGGCCUUUGAGAGGGCCAUUGCGGGUGACGAGCACAGACGCUCUGUCGUGGACUCUCUGGACAUUGAAAGCAUGACCAUUGAAGAUGAGUACAGCGGGCCCAAGCUUGAGGAUGGCAAAGUGACAAUCACCUUCAUGAAAGACCUCAUGCAGUGGUACAAGGAUCAGAAGAAACUGCACCGGAAGUGCGCCUACCAGAUCCUAGUACAGGUGAAAGAAGUCCUCUGCAAGCUGAGCACGCUGGUGGAGACGACGCUGAAAGAGACAGAGAAGAUUACAGUGUGCGGGGACACCCAUGGCCAGUUCUACGACCUCCUCAACAUAUUUGAGCUCAACGGUUUACCCUCAGAGACCAACCCCUAUAUAUUUAAUGGCGAUUUUGUGGACCGUGGUUCCUUCUCCGUUGAAGUGAUCCUCACCCUCUUCGGCUUUAAGCUCCUGUAUCCAGAUCAUUUCCAUCUACUUCGAGGCAACCACGAGACAGACAACAUGAACCAGAUCUACGGGUUCGAGGGCGAGGUGAAGGCCAAGUACACAGCCCAGAUGUAUGAGCUCUUCAGCGAGGUGUUCGAGUGGCUUCCGCUGGCGCAGUGUAUCAAUGGCAAAGUGCUGAUCAUGCACGGAGGCCUAUUCAGCGAAGAUGGUGUCACUCUGGAUGACAUCCGAAAGAUUGAGCGGAAUCGGCAGCCCCCAGACUCAGGUCCCAUGUGUGACCUGCUGUGGUCAGAUCCCCAGCCACAGAAUGGGCGCUCCGUCAGCAAGCGUGGUGUGAGUUGCCAGUUUGGGCCUGAUGUCACCAAGGCCUUCCUGGAGGAGAAUCAACUGGACUAUAUCAUCCGCAGCCAUGAAGUCAAAGCCGAGGGCUACGAGGUGGCCCAUGGUGGCCGCUGUGUCACUGUCUUUUCUGCCCCCAACUAUUGUGACCAGAUGGGAAACAAAGCCUCCUACAUCCACCUCCAGGGCUCCGACCUGCGGCCCCAGUUCCACCAAUUCACAGCAGUGCCUCACCCCAAUGUCAAGCCCAUGGCAUACGCCAACACGCUUCUGCAGCUAGGAAUGAUGUGAGGCUGUCAGCAGCAGUGAGCCGGGACUUGCCCAGCUGAAUGGCCCCGCCCUCGGCCUGCUGCCCCGCCCCAGGGCAACGUUGGACCCCCUUUUACUUUGUAAAGUUUGUAUUUAUUCCCCUUUAGGUUGCAGAGGGGGUGGGGGCAGCGUGGGGCAGCAGACGACAGGCUCCUGGUCAGAGAAAGGAGACUGGAGGUAGGGCACAGCCUGGGCAUUUGGAGGAAGGCCAGCCUGGGUAGGGGUGGGGCCAAGAGGAGGUCUUGCCCCUUCACCUGCAUGGCUCCUCCCCUGGUAAAGCAAUAGGACCCUGCCAUAGGAAGACCCCAAAAGAGGGUCAUCAGGGAGGCCUCCUCCUGGUAGCCUCAGGGUGGGGCAAGGCUGGGGCCCACCCCCCAGCUAUUUUAUGUUCUGUAAUUAACUAUGUUAAAAUAAAAUAAAGUCAUUAUUGUAAGUCAAACC